AUGGCGUUGCAACCAGGGGAGCUGGAACUGACAGUGGAUCCAGAGCAGACCGAGGAGUUGGCUCUGGCGGCGUCGCUGGAGCCUGUAACGGCGGCUGCGCUGGCUGCAGCGGUGACAGCGGCGGCCGGGGAACAGGGCGGAGCCACGGCCGAGGAGGAUGCGCCGAUUGCCGCUGCAAGCGCCGGAACGUCUGCUGCUGCCGAGGGCGCAAGCACGUAG